AUGAUCCAUGCAAACCCACUGACCCAAGGUAUCCAUCAUGCGGGUUUCAGCGUGCCCGACUUAGCCGCUACCGCGGCGUUUUUUAUCGACACGCUGAACUUCACCGAGGUCGGCGCCAAACCUGAUUACCCCGCCCUGUUCCUCUCCGAUGGCACCGUCAUGGUUACCCUCUGGCAAUUGCCAAAGCCGGAACAGGCAAACGCCUUUGAUCGACACCAGAACGUGGGUUUACACCACUUCGCCCUUACCGUGAACGAUCUCGACGAGGUGCAUGCGCGCCUCGAACAGCAUGCGGGCGUGGGCGUGGAAUUCAGGCCUGAACCCCUGGGCGGCAGCAGCACACGUCAUGGUAUGUACACCAUUCCCGGUGGUUUGCGGGUGGAAUUCAUACAACCUGCAGCGGCAUGA